CUGCUCCACCCUUCCCCGCUUGCUUUCGCUCCGCUCUCCUGCCAAAAUGGCUCCGCCGGCGUGGAUCAUCCUCGGCGCCGAGACGCGCGUGUCGGAGCACCAGGACGCGGACCUCUCCCUCGAGCUCGCCGCGCCGCCGCGCGUCUCCGUCCUCACCGUGCCCCGGCGCGUGUCCCCCGUCCAGGCCGACCCCACCAGCGGCGCCUGCCCCUGGGUGGUCACCGCGGACCCUGCCGCCGGCCUCCUCCUCCUCCGCGCCCCGCCACCCCCUCCCACUCACUCUCUAACUCCCCCGCCGACCCUCCGCAACGGCGUGCUGGUCCCCGCUGUCACCUACAUCACGCGCCACCCGCCGACCUACUUCGUCUGCGACGUCGCCUCCGCCACCGCCUUCCGCCUCCCGCAACCCGGCCGCGACCCUAGCGGGCUACCUCCGGAGAUCAACGCGCUGAACCUCGGCGUCGUCGCUGCCCCCGGAGCCGGAGGCGGCGCCCUGCGCUACAUGGUCGUCGAGUUCCGCUACAUGUUUGCAGACGAACACGCUACGCUCCUCUGCUUCUCGUCCGACACCGGCGAGUGGGUGUCGAAGCCGGUCCACAACCCCCUGGGGCGCUGGAUUUGGGGCAGAGACGGCGUCGUCGCCCACGACGGCAAGCUCUGGUGGGUGGAUCUCGCCGGGGGGCUCAUCUUCUGCAACCCCUUCGCGGAUGCGCCGGUGCUGGACAUCAUCCCGCUCCCAGAAAGCGACUGCCAUCUGCCUCGUGCCUCGUGCGCCCACUGCGCCGGGAGAUCGGUGGCCCACCGCCGGUUCGUGCAGGUGAGCGCUGGCAAGUUCCGUUGCGUGGAGUGGAACUCUCGCAGCAACGACGAGGCUCCCAUGACGGUCAGCAUGUGGACGCUGAGUGAUCCGGAGGCCAAGGAGUGGGUGCUGGAGUACAAGGUGAGCUUUCAGGAGAUCUGGGCCGACGACAGCUACAAGGCUGCCGGCCUGACGGAGAAGAACCCCAGGUUCGCGCUCGUCCACCCCAUGAAUCCGGACGUGCUCUACUUCUUCCUGGAGGAGCACCUCUUCGGCGUGGACCUGCGCGCCAAGAGGGUUGUGGAGUGCGGCGUGUACGAGAUGGUGGUGCCACCGUCAGGGAAGCCCCCCAACUGUUUCUCCGUCCGCGCAUUGGAGCUGCCGAUCGCGCUUUCCCCAGGUUUGCUUCCAUCUGAUGUUGGCAGCGGUUCCAACGGCGAGGAGUCUACCCCAUGGGCGUCAUCUGUUUCCUUGGGAGGAAGCGCUGAGUCUGCAGAUCGAGUUUGAAGGGGAGGAGGGAUCUUGAGACAGCACUUUAUCUGACAUGAUCGGCAAGGCAAUGGGUCUCCGUGGAGAGAUAACUUAUAUCUUAGUCUCCAGGCCCUCAAGAUGGUCUUGUCCUUUUAAUUUGGUUGCGGCCUCUUAAGUUCUAUCUACGUACCCUUGCUAAUUUAGUAGUUGUAGUUUCCAACAAGAUGCAAGCACUCUAAUUAUCUUUGUUGUGUAAUGAAUCUAUGGUACGUUUUAGUAGCUCGAUCUCACUCGCUGCAGGAUGACUUCUGAUUAUAUCCUGUAAGGAAGAUGCCCGUAAUGUGAUUCGGAAUGAUUAGAGAACUUUUAAGA